CACUCAUCACAAGCAAGCAAGCAACACUGACCGACUGACCACCAUCUGCAGCUUCCCCAGCUUCUCACCCCAGCAAAGAUGUGCAUGAAGUCUGACCAUGCGGUGAUGGCCUUUGGCGCAUCCUCGUCCUCCUCGUCCUCGUCCUCUGGAACGGCAGCCAAGCUGGUGGACGUCGACACCGUGAAACAGUGCCUGAAGGAGAAGGACGCCAUCGUUGUGGAUGUGCGUGAGCCUGAUGAGCUCACGGCAGAGGGCGCAAAGACCAUCCCGGGCGCCAUCAACUAUCCGCUUGGGCCGCUGCUGCGCGAUUCUGCAGAGGGCAACCCCAAGCAUGGCGUCAAGGACAAGAAGGAGAUUGUGCUUGUGUGCAACGUUGGCUACCGCUCCGGUGUUGCCGCUCAACAGCUUGCCUCAUUUGGCUUCCCAGCAGCAUCCCUCGACGGCGGUGUUGAGGCGUUCCAUGCGCCACGGGCAGCCUGGCUCAAGCCGCAAUAUGUGGUUGUGCUCGAGACAGCGGACGCAGACCGUGCAACGCUUGCUCUCAGCGUGGCGACGGCAGCGCAGGUCAACGGGCGCACCACCGCCUUUGCGCUCAUGGCCAAGGCGCCCCUCCUCUUCCGUAAGGAGGGCGUGGACAGCGACGUCUGCAAGCGCUACGUCGACAUUAACGUCGGUGAGCCCUUCAAGCCCAUGGCCAAACUCGUCGAGAAGUUCGUCUCCAGCGGCGGCACAAUCUUCGCAUGCAAAUCAUGCGUCAUCCACAGCGGAUUGGAGUACAGCAAGAUGGACGACCUCGUGUAUCCUGGCCAGGCUCCCGACCUCGUGCGCAUGACAGCCGGUGCCGAGGGCUCCACGUGUUUCGCAUGACGCCAGGCGAGGGGACUUGAUCGCACUCUGACGCAACACCUUGUCGAUGGUGAUGGUGAUGGUGAUGGUGAUGGUGAUGGUGGCGAUGGUGUUGAUGUUGCUGCGAGCGGUGCACGUUGCUGCGGCCACGCGCAUGCGUGCACGACCAUGUGACAUGUUCACACCCACACACACACACACACACACACACACACGCACACACACGUAACAUAGCUGCUGUUGGUGCGCACGCUGUUCUGUUUGUCGUUCUUCUCCCUCACCCUAACGAGUUGAAGUGUAUGUAUCCUCAUCUGGUGCUGAUCAGAUGGAUUGUUGGUUGGAGUGUUGACCUCGUGUUAUCGCCUCAAGUUCUCCUCACACGUGCUGUUCACCCUUUACAAUUGCGUGUGCUUGCAUUCACACACACAUACACUUGUUCGAGUGGCCUACUGUUCAUCAUGUUACAUCCCCACUCUGCUGUGGCUGCGGUGUAUUGGUGUUGACGUUGACACGGAAAUACACGUGCUCAAACACAACGAUAAACACAGACGAACAAACAGGCCAA